AUGGCCGAGAGCGUCUUGGCGUCCUUAGGACGCACAGGUGAGCUGUGCGAGAGCGUCUUGGUAUCCUUAGGACGCGCAGUAGUGCGAGAGCGUCUUGGUUGCGAGGGCGUCUUGGUGUUCUUAGGACGCGCAGUAGUGCGAGAGCGUCUUGGUGUCCUUAGGCCGCGCAGAUUUCAUGCAAAGCCUGCCACGACCGACUGGAAUGUGAAGAAGGGCGACAACGCUACGCGCUUUAGCUACGUAUGGUUGUACAAGCAUGUGAUCAAACGCGAUUUGAACGCCAUGAGCACGAGCGUAGCUACCACAGUGCGCUCGAUCGCGGAUCUAUAA